CAUCGUCAUGGAUACAAUUUUGUGAUGUGAAAAGAAAAACUUGAUCGAUUUUGGAAUUUUAGUAUAGUAUAUUCACGAUGUAUGAGUUGUCAUAGCGCGUAAGACGUGUGUUAUUAUUUGUUCGUCUGUUUGGCAUAAACAAUUCAAUUUAAAUCAUUAUUAUUAUUAGACAAUAAUAUAUUCGAUUGUAUAUUUUUUUUCGUAAACACUAUUUGAAACUUAUUUCAAGAACAAGUACAUGUUCAGUUUUAUUCUUCCGAAAAUUUACUUAAAUUUUUCCGAGCUUAUAUCGUCACCAUACUAAGCCACUGUCGACCAUGUCGGUUGGUCAUUCGUCCAAAUCAAAUGACUCUAGAAUAUUUUCUUCUCUUGGCAAAAAACGUAGAACAUCGUUAUCUACUAUCAGAUCUAAUGAGUCGUUCGAGGGUUCGGCGAAACACAAUUAUGGAUUGAUAUACACAGCCGUUUGCUGCAAGUACAAGACGCGACCUGUGCCGUGGGUAAAAUGUAGCGCUAAGACGAACUCCAUUGAAAUAGUGGGCGAUCGUAUGAAGGCUGAAGAUUGGCAAGCCGCGAUGGAAGCGCUGAUGACUGACAUCAGUACCCAUCACGUGCGCAUAAGAAAUAAACGGUACACGGAACAGUUGGCAAAAAACUACGAUACGUUCGCCGGUGUCGUCGAAGCACCGAAAAACAUUCUCGCUGCGAGCACACUCUACGUAGUACGGCUGAUCGCUACUUCCGUUUACGAAGUAAUGAUCAACACGACCGCACUGGUUUGCCUCGAACUGGAAAACGUGCUAUUCGACGAACAAGCUCUGGGAACUCUCAUUUCCGGUAUCGAUGCCAACCAAACGCUCCAGCACUUGUCCCUGGCCUACAGCCGCAUCGGUGACGACGCCUGUCUAUCGCUGUGCCGGGUGCUCAGGGACAAACCGAACGUCCGGUCGGUGGACCUGUCCGGAUGUUCCCUGAGCCGUUCGUCGGCCAAGUCGGGUCUGCUGGACGUGAUCAAAAAACAGCAGGUCAAGCGGCACGAAGAGUGCUGGGCGCACUCGCUGAGGUACAGGACCGCCAAUCCGGAUAUCAUGCACGGGCUGCGAAGGUUGACGCUCAACGACAACACCGCCAUCGGCGACGCUGGAGUGUCCGACCUGUUCGAGUCGUUGAAAGACGACCUAUACGUAAAGGCAGUGGACCUGCAGAAUUGCGGGCUCACCGACCGCGGCGCUCAGUUGGCGCUGUCCACGUUGAUGAUCAACGACUCGCUGGUCGUGUUGGACGUCCGGAAAAAUGCCGCCAUAUCGUCGGCCAUGUUGGAGGCGAUCAUGACCAGGUUGUACGAGAACAACGUCAACAAAAAGGAGACCAAACAGUGGAAAUGGACCAGGCUUGGACGGGAAAACAUAUUCGAAUCGUCAUGCACAUUAUUGGCUUAAUAUAGAGUCCGCCGGAAGAAUAAAUAAAUAUAGAAGAAAAAACCAUACCUAAUGUACUGUUCAAUUUAUUUUUGGCGUCUCCGGCAUUCGAAUAGUUUAUCGACAGAGUUUAGAAAACAGAUUUCCCGUGAAAAGUUAAUAAAAGAAAAUACCGGAGAA